AUGCCUGCGACACAUCCCCCCUUCAAGGUCAUCAUCGUUGGUGGCUCUGUCGCCGGUCUCACGCUCGCACAUUGUCUACAACAUGCCAAUAUCGAGCAUAUCGUCCUUGAAAAGGGCAGUGACAUUGCUCCGCAGCUGGGUGCCUCUGUGGGUAUCAUGCCGAAUGGAGGCCGUAUUCUUGCUCAGUUAAAUCUUUUCGAUGCCAUCGAGCAGUUCAUUGAGCCUACGCACAAAGCUCAUAUCACCUAUCCUGACGGGUUCAACUUCGCCAAUGUCUAUCCCAAAAUCCUACAUGAAAGAUUCGGAUACCCCAUUGCCUUCCUAGAUCGUCAAAAGUUCCUCCGGAUAUUGUACGAAAAAUACCAUGCGAAACAAAACAUCAUUACCAACAAGAAAGUCGUUCAAGUACGAAAGGUCGAUCAUGGCCUCCGCGUGACAGCGGCUGACGGCUCGAUAUAUGAGGGAAAUCUUGUCGUUGGUGCCGAUGGCGUCCACAGUCGAAUCCGAUCAGAGAUCUGGAGGCUUGCAGAUGAGCUUAAGCCAGGGCUGAUUUCGAAUCGUGAACGAACUUCUAUGACGGUCCAAUAUUCCUGCGUCUUUGGAAUCUCGUCACGUAUCCCGAAUCUCGAGGUUCAUGAACAGAUCAAUGGACUUUUUGAUCAUCUAUCCAUUCUCACCAUACAUGGCAAGAAGGGUCGGGUGUUCUGGUUCAUCAUCACGAAGCUUCAGCAGAAGUAUAUCUAUCCCGACGUUCCACGAUUCUCAGACAAAGACGCUGCCAAGCUUAUCGACAAGUUGAAACAUGUGCGGUUCUUCAAUGACGUCUGCGUGGGGGAUCUAUGGAAGAAUAAAGAAGUGUACUCCAUGACUGCACUAGAGGAAGGCUUGUUCAAGACCUGGUUUUUUGAGCAUAUGGUUCUCAUGGGCGACAGUGUUCACAAGAUGACACCCAACUUUGGUCAAGGGGCCAACUGUGCAAUUGAGGAUGCUGCGACCUUGUCUUCACUGCUGCACGAUCUUAUCAAUGCGCGUGGUGUGCAAAACCCGUCUGAUGCGGAUAUCCAGGAUCUUCUUCUGAAAUAUAAAGAGACUCGGUAUAGCCGGAUGAAGAUGAUGUGCAAGACAUCGGCAGGAGUCUGUCGCACCCAGGCUCGGGAUGGUCUCUAUAGGACUCUUAGUGGUCGAUACCUGAUACCUUACUCAAAGAACUUGCCAGCCGAUUUGGCGUCAGAGGUCAUGGCAGACGCGGAAACGAUCACUUUUCUGUCAUGCCCUAACCGAGCAGCACUGGGUUGGCAGACGUGGGGAAAGCAAGCCCGAAGAAUGGCCCACAUUCGCAAACUCAUCUGGUUCCUGGUUUUACUCUCGCUGGGCCUGUUCUGUUAUUGGCUCUCAGGAAGAUAA